GGCUAAACAUCUGCUCGAACCUCGAAAGUUAGACCAGAAAUGUCGAUACAAAAAUUGAUAACAGCACUCUAUAUAGUUUGUCCGUCAAAUUAUAAGCCACAAAUUAAUAAAAAAAAUUAAUUUAUAUUUAUAGGACUAGAAGGAAUAUAUGGUCUGGUUGGCCGCCUACUAUUGCUCAUUAUUCCUGCUACUCAAAUGAUUAAAUUAAAUUACCAUUUAUCAUCGAACCAGUGAUACCUUUCAACUAAAUUUUUUGUUUCAAUAUAGUUUAUCAUAACAAUCAGGUCGUGUUUUAUGUUUACAAAUUGUCGAAAAUUAAAAAUUUUUGUGUUGAGGAGUUUAGCGGGGAAAAGGAUGGAAAAAGGGACUUUAAUUUGGUCUAUCAAUGAACAUCUAGAAAAAGAUUUAAUAAUAAGAAGCAAAUUGAACGAUGUGGGUUGCACUUAAUCAUGUUUAUGAUAUGCUGGCAGGUGAUUGAAUAUGUUUUUUUUUUGGGGGGGCAAAAUAUAAAUGGCAAAGAUAGAGAGAUAGCAGAGAAGACAGGUCAUGGGACAACGGAGACCUUGUCAAAACCAUCAUUCUGAUUCUCUUUCUCGGUCUCUCUCUUCCCCAUGUUUUUCUAACCUUUUUUUUUUUUUUAAUAAUUUGUUUUUGUGAAAUUAAUGAAUGAUCUUAUGGAUAACUAUUGUCCAUUGGAGUUUUCUUACUGCAACCCGCAUUUUGUGAGACUUUUUUUUAAUUUUCUGGUUGAUUUAAAACUCUUGCCUUCCCUUCUUUCCAAAAGGUCCAGCAUUUUUGUUUGUCACUGGUGUAGGCAUUAAGCAAGUAAAACAAGUUCAGACAUUGUACAAACCUUAAAAAUUUGUUUCACUGAGAUCCAAUUAACUUGCAAAUUGUGAUCAUGAGUGACACGAUGUCUGGACCUCUUGAACGACCUUUCAGGCCAAGUAUGGAAAAGAUCGACCUCGAGAACGUUGACGACGAGAGGAAGACCAGGCUUGGGUCUCUCAAGAAGGUGGCAAUCAGUGCUUCCACCAAGUUUAGACACUCCUUGACCAAGAAGAGCAGGAGAAACAGCAGAGUCAUGUCUGUUGUUUUCGAAGAUGAGCAUGAUGCCGAGGAACUCAAGGCUGUUGAUGCCUUGCGUCAGGCACUUAUCCUUGAGGAGUUAUUGCCAGCAAAACACGACGAUUAUCACAUGUUGUUGAGAUUUUUGAAGGCCAGGAAAUUUGACAUUGAGAAAUCAAAGCAGAUGUGGGCUGAUAUGAUUCAGUGGAGGAAGGACUUUGGAGCUGACACCAUCUUUGAGGAAUUUGAGUUCAAGGAAAGGGAUGAAGUCCUGAAGUACUAUCCACAAGGACACCAUGGUGUUGACAAGGAUGGAAGACCCAUCUAUAUCGAAAGACUCGGACAAGUUGAUGCUGUCAAGCUGAUGCAAGUCACAACAUUGGACCGAUAUGUCAAGUACCACGUCCAGGAGUUCGAAAGGACCUUCAUUGAUAAGUUCCCUGCCUGUUCUAUUGCAGCCAAGAAGCACAUUGACCAGAGCACAACCAUCUUGGAUGUCCAAGGAGUUGGACUCAAAAACUUCAACAAGUCUGCCAGGGAACUCAUUCAACGUCUUCAGAAGAUCGAUGGGGACAAUUACCCUGAGACCCUUUGCCGCAUGUACAUCAUCAAUGCUGGCUCUGGAUUUAGGCUCUUGUGGAACACUGUGAAAUCCUUCCUUGACCCAAAGACCACAGCAAAGAUCCAUGUUCUUGGCAACAAGUACCAGAGCAAGCUCCUUGAAAUCAUUGAUGCCAGUGAGCUACCUGAAUUCUUGGGUGGUACAUGCACAUGUGCUGAUAAAGGUGGAUGCAUGCUUUCUGACAAAGGCCCAUGGAAUGACGUUGACAUCAUGAAGAUGGUUCGCAAUGGUGAGCACAAAUGCUCUCAAAAAAUCGUCAUCCCAUGUGAUGAGAAAACCAUCUCUGAGGAUGACAGUGCCACCACUAAGAAGAACAACUCUUUCAAAUCAGAUUCUCCAAGAGUCCAAAAGACACAACAGCUCUCCACUGUUCAAGAGGAAGUAUUUAGCAAGAACUAUCCCAUGGCAGAGCCUGAGAUGUCUAUCCCAAUGGUGGACAAAGUUGUAGAUUGGCCUAGAAUGACCAAAAGUGACGCAUUCGCCCUAUCCAAAUCCAAGCACUAUUUCCCAGUAGAUGAUGCUUGCAAGAACCAUCCUGAUGGGUUUAGCAAUCAUUUAUUCAGUGGUGUGAUGACAUUUGUGAUGGGCAUCGUCACAAUGGUGCGCAUGACACGCAACAUGCCAAGGAAGAUCACAGAUGCAACUUUCUACUCAACUGGUUCUAUGUAUGGCGUUGAAGCCAUGAUCAAAGGCCAGGCUUAUGAGAUCCAAGCACCGGCCAUCUCCAGCGCCGAUUACUUCACCAUGAUGAAGCGCAUGGCGGAACUGGAAGAUAAGAUGAUCAAUCUCACCCAGAAGCCACAAACCAUGCCUCCUGAGAAGGAGGAAAUGCUCAAUAAUGCCUUGAGCAAAGUUGAUACCUUGGAGCAAGAGCUUCAAUCAACCAAGAAGGCUCUUGAGGAUGCACUGGUGAGACAGGAGGAACUCUUGGCCUAUAUUGAGAAGAAGAAGAAGAAGAAGAAGUUCUUUGGCUUCUAAGCGCAGGAAAUCAAUCUAUGUUGAAGCGUGUAUAGGGAAAAAGGCUAGAGCCAAUCUUUUUUUGUCUUUGUGCUCCAUAACAAUGUUCGCAUUGUCAUUUUUUUUCCUUCAUUUCAGAGGCUUUGUAUAUUACCUAUAUAUAUAUAUAAAACCACAUUCUAUAUAUAUAUGCAUAUAUAUAUGAGGAACUCCAUUCCAUGAGAAUGUGUAGUGUUUGCUAUGUGGGAGUUUUGGAGUUUUGUUUUGUUUUCACCAUUUUAUUUUUCUUGACAAAAGAACUGAUGGAGGAACCUCUCCACAAACGUGUGUUUCCCUAUUCAAAUCUGUUUGAAAAUGAUGAAUGAUGGAUUUGGAUUUUUAAUUUUUAUUUUUUUAGUAUUUAGAGUCAUUGACUGCAUUAUUUGAUGUUUAUUUGGAUUUGAUUGUUAAGAUUUGAUUACCAGACCAAAAUAU